UAUGAAGAGGAACAUGUAUAUUUACUCAAAUGCUACCUCUGCAGUCUAAGCUUUACACAGGUCGGAUGUUUAUGAGACAGACCUGAGCGACUUAGAAGACUUUCCCUUGCGUCUCAGCCACCACUAGAGCAGCUUUUCUUUUUUUUUUUAAUUUGCUGGGUCGCGCGUAAAAGAGGAUGCUUUUGUCUCUUCAGCUCUCACCUGGAACAAGGAAACCACGAGAGCUUUUUUGUUGUUUUUAAGAGAUUUGUUGCACCAGAAGAGCCUAGUUUUUUAAUUUUUUUUUAAAAAAUUACUUUUACGGUCAUUGGAAUGUGCGCUCUUUGUGCUCGUUACACGGUCUUCAUGUGCCUUUUCAACUGUGACCUCUAGCACCACCUGUGCGCCCUAAACAAGAAACAGUUCGUUUGUCAGCUGCGCUCGGAGAAACCUUACAGUUGCAGUCAGGGAAUUUGCACUGUAAAGAUUACACCAUAAGGUUUCCAAAACUCCCCUUUUCUCCCCUUGUUGCUCCAUUUCUUUUGUGGAUUUUAAAAAAAAAAUCUUAUCACAUCCUUUGUCCCAAGUUGCUGACAACAACUUUCCUCCGAAGAUAAGAGCAGCACGUUUCAGUGAACGUGGUUUUACGCACAAAGACUUGCGCUCAAGGCGGGACAAGGUGCUGUGAGGUAGAAGAAAAAACAACAACCCAAAAACACUAAAAGGCAAAAAAAAACAAAUUCCAGCCAUCAGCAUGACGGACGGUGCAAGACAACGGAGCAGCACGUCGGCCUCUGCCAAGGAUGCUGCGGCAGAGAAGGAGUCCGGAGGAGGAGGCGUUGCGCUCAAGAAAGAAAUCGGGCUCGUGAGCGCCUGUGGUAUAAUUGUUGGCAACAUUAUCGGCUCAGGUAUCUUCGUCAGUCCGAAGGGAGUGAUGGAGAACGCCAGCUCCGUGGGAGUGGCGCUGAUCGUCUGGAUCAUCACAGGCAUCAUCACCGCCAUCGGAGCGCUGUGCUACGCUGAGCUGGGCGUCACCAUUCCCAAGUCGGGAGGGGACUACUCCUACGUCAAAGACAUCUUCGGCGGGUUGGCUGGGUUCCUGCGACUGUGGAUCGCUGUGCUGGUCAUCUACCCGACCAACCAGGCCGUGAUCGCGCUGACGUUCUCCAACUACGUCCUCCAGCCUCUGUUCCCCACCUGCUUCCCACCAGAGAACGGCCUGCGUCUGCUGGCUGCCGUUUGUCUCUUGCUGCUCACAUGGGUGAAUUGCUCCAGCGUGAGGUGGGCCACCAGGGUGCAGGACAUCUUCACCGCCGGCAAGCUGCUGGCCCUCGCCCUCAUCAUCAUCAUGGGCAUCGUGCAGAUCUGCAAGGGAGAGUACUACUGGCUGGAGCCUGCCAAUGCAUUUGAGCCCUUCCAGGACUAUGAUGUGGGUUUGAUAGCUUUAGCUUUUCUACAAGGCUCCUUCGCUUACGGAGGCUGGAACUUCCUGAACUACGUCACAGAAGAGCUGGUGGAUCCUUAUGUGAACCUUCCUCGUGCCAUCUUCAUCUCCAUCCCCCUCGUGACCUUCGUUUACGUCUUCGCCAACAUCGCCUACGUCACGGCCAUGAGUCCUCAGGAGCUGCUCGCCUCAAACGCCGUUGCCGUGACGUUUGGUGAGAAGCUGCUGGGAGUCAUGUCGUGGAUCAUGCCCAUCUCCGUGGCUCUGUCCACCUUCGGAGGUGUCAACGGUUCCCUCUUCACGUCUUCACGACUGUUCUUUGCUGGAGCCAGAGAGGGCCACCUCCCCAGUCUGCUGGCCAUGAUUCAUGUCAAACGCUGCACCCCCAUCCCUGCUCUGCUCUUCACUUGUCUGUCCACCCUGCUGAUGCUGUGCACCAGCGACAUGUACACGCUCAUCAAUUACGUGGGCUUCAUCAACUACCUCUUCUACGGAGUGACCGUCGCCGGGCAGAUCGUCCUGCGGUUUAAACAGCCCAACAUACACCGACCGAUCAAGGUCAGCCUGAUCUGGCCGGUCAUUUACCUCAUCUUCUGGGCCUUCCUGCUCAUCUUCUCCCUCUACUCUGAGCCCGUGGUGUGUGGCAUCGGCCUCGCCAUCAUGCUCACCGGCGUCCCCGUCUAUUUCCUGGGAGUCUACUGGGACAACAAGCCGCAGUGCUUCGACGCCUUUGUUGAUAAAAUGACCUACUUGGGCCAGAAGUUCUGUGUAGUUGUUUAUCCAGCUGAAAGCAGCAGCAGCGGGAGCGGAGAGGAAGGAGAGGAAAUGAAGGAGGCCAUGUCUCCUCUGUCGAAGGAGGACGGAGACAACCACAAGUCAGCAGACUGCUAGAGCGCACCUUUUCUUUUUUUUCUUUUUUUUUUAAAACUCUCACCUGCCCCCGAAAUAGACACACGUGGGCGUACACACCACAGUUUAGAGUGGAUUUACUGAUCAACACACGUGCCCUCACGCUACGUCUGAGAUUUUUAGUGUCGUAUCAAUCAAUAUUUUCUGUGCCAAAUAUAGUAAGAAGUGUUUAAAGUAACAUGACCCCGAUCUUUUCUAUCUGGGGUCCUGCAACAGUGCAAUAAAGAAAGGUUAGCACCUUCCAGCUCCUCAUUACAGACAUUUAACCACCUAUUUCAGCAUCAUCAGCCUACUUUACAUCCUCCCUCUCCCGUUCCACACACUGUCUGCGUACUCCCCCCCCCGUCAGCGUGACAUUUUUUUAAGAUUUUUUUUUUUAUUAUCAAAAGACUCUACCUGUACUGUGACCCAAAACUUGUUUUGUUCUUCUUCUUUUUGUUAAUUUUGCUUUGUCAUUCUUUCAACACACCAAAGCUGCAUUUUGAUUGUCAAAGCAAGAAAAUCACAUUCAGAUCAAGUCAUUUCAUGCCGUGAAGUCGUACACUAAUGCUGUUUUUCAAGGCGACUGUAAUUCUGAAAUGUUUCUCUCUUUUAUUUUUUGUAAUUGUGAUAAUUGCGUAUAUCAUUUGUUGUUGUUUAUUGUUUAGUUUUAAUAUGUUAAUUUUAGUGUUGUUGAUAGUCUUUUUUUUUUUUUUCUAACAACAUAUUCAUCUGGGCCUGUUUUUUUUUUUUUUUUUUACUACGGAUGUGUAACACCUGAAAGCUGGUUUGAGAUCUGUACUUUGUCUCGGUAAAUGUGCUUGUAAAUGGUGCAGUUUUUUUGAAUUGCCUUAAUUAGAAUACAUUCUGUGCUUUAGUGCCAUUACAGCUGUGUUUUGGCGGAUGUGGUGAGUUGGUCAAUCCUCUUACUUUUUCAUUUUUAUCAAAAAAAAAGUUUAAAAAAAAACCAAAAAAAAAAGUGACACUACACAAAUAAUGAACCCGUUAAACAUGCGGCCCAGCGUGGGCCCAAUCAGAUAGGCAAGUCGUGACACUUUUGAACCACCGCAUUUGUUUUCGUGCAAAUCCCGACACCGACACAUGUGAAUGCCUGUGUGAGAAGCAGUUUUUUGUUUUUUUAAAAAUAAAGGCAUUGAUUGUC